AUGGUGGAGGUGGACGCCUUCAGGGAGGCGGUGGACAUGAUGCUGGAAGAUGAAGACGAGGCCGCUGCGAUGAGGCGGCUCGCACGUGGUGGUGUCGCGCGAGCCAUCGACGUGCUCGAGGUAUCCUUGUCACUUAUGUUUGACAGAGGAGUUAACAACUGUCUAAGGUAUCUGGAUGCUGUUCCGUGGAAUGAAUCUGAAGAGGAGACAAUUAAGAAACUGAUGUACCAGCAUUCUUCAUACAAGGCAGCUUUCAGAGAUUUGCUGGCAAGGUUACAGCCAGAGAGACCUGCCUCGUCUGCAGAACUGGUAGUUGAACUAGCCGAUUCCAUCACAAAGGGGACCAACAAUAAUGCUCGGAAAGAGCUGCGGAAUUUAGUCAAUGGGAUCUUAUCAAAAUCAUCUGUCUACAUAAAGGGUGAUAAAGAGCUGGACAGCAGGAGCAUUUACUGUAUCUGCCAUUCUUGCCUGAACUCUCUGGUGGGAUUAUUCGAAGAAUCUUCGGAGUUGGCCCAGGCUGAUCAAACAUCACUGUCGUCAGUUGGAAAAGGACCACUCGAGAGGAUCUACAAGCUAGUUGAGGACAUCAACUGGUUACUGCAGAUUCUAAUCGACAGGCAGAUGGGAGAGGAAUUCGUCGACUUAUGGGCGGACCAAAAGACCCUCAGCAGCAUGCACGAACGGGUGUCGCCGAUAGUAUGCCACGAGCUCAGCCGGAUUUCGGGCCACGGUGUUCAUCGGCAUGGGGAGCGGCAAGCUCCACUGUACCGGAGACAGAAGGCUCCGCGUCUUCCAGGCCUGGUUCAGGCCAAUGCUGGUAGAUUUCGGUUGGCUCCGGAGAUACCCGAAGGGCCUCAACAUGACGGCCCUGGAGGAAGGAAUCGGGCAAGCGCUGCUGACGCUCACGUUGAAGCAGCAGCAGGCGCUGUUCUUGGAGUGGUUCGAGGCGUUCAGUGGGAAAGGCCGGGAAUGCCCCGACCUGAUCAGAGGCUUCCAGGUCUGGUGGCGGCGGUCGUUUGUGAGAUCCUUAGGUAG